AUGGGUUCCAUAGAGUUCGCCUAUCCCGCUGGAGACGAAAGUGACAGCAGCAAUGAUGAGUGGGACAUCGGUCUCACGGUCAAAAGGUCCUCAAAUCCCGAGAAGGAGGCUGACCCUGCGCUUGCUGACAAUAACAACGCAACAGUGAUGAAGAGAGCCAUCAGCAAAGGAGACAUUGAAACUUUGGAAAAUCUGCUGGACAAUGGGCUGGAUGUGGACACCAGACUGGAUUAUGAGUGGACUCCUCUGAUGUGUGCCGUCAGCGUGGCCAACGUGGAAAUGACCAAGAUGCUGCUGGACCGUGGAGCCAGCGCUAACUUCAGCAAAGAUCACUGGACGGUGCUGAUGGCCUGCUGCACGGCCUCCGCUCCAGAGGAUAAGAUCUGCAGUUGUCUGGAGCUGCUUCUGUCCAGGAAUGCGGAUCCCAACAUGGUCGACAGGAGUCAAAUGUCGUGCCUGAUGUUGGCAUCCAGAGAUGACUACUCUAAAGUCAUCAACCUGUUAGUGUCACACGGAGCCAACGUGAACAGCCAGGACGUAAACGGAUUCUCUGCCUUAUGUUACGCUGCGCAGUAUGGUCGAGAGGAGUCUGUGCUCAAGCUGCUGCAGCUCGGAGCCGAGAAAAACCUCAAGACAAAAAUUGGGAGAACCGCCACAGACCUGGCAACGCAGUUCAAGCAUACCCAGAUUAUAAGAAUCCUCUCCUCCACUUCGAGCCAAAACUCCUGUUCCAAUCCGUACUUCUCAGAGGAAUCCCAAGACUGCGCUGGAAAACUGGAUGAUCUGGAGCUUCUGUUUCACGGUCUGGGCCUUGGAAGCCUGACUGACAUCAUCAUUAACCACGACCUCAGCUGGAGUCAGCUACUCAACAUGGACCAGAACGACCUCCACAAUAUUGGGAUCUCCGAGCCCGGGGACCAGCAGACUGUCCUGAAGGCCGUGCAGCAGAUGGAGCUGGACCGAGUGGGUCUGCAGACCGUGAUUGAGCUGGGAGCCUCCAACGAAGGGAGCGAGGAGCUGCACACGUUUCUGCUCAGUGUGAGACAACAGUGUGCAUACCUCACGGAGACCAUUCAGGACGUGGUGAGCCGCUUCCCCCGCAGGGCCUCUCAGUUGGUGUUUUCCCUGGACCCUAAUGGUGAAGCUCAGGCAGUCUGUAAUCAGCUCCUGAUUCAGACCAAAGAUCUGCAGCAGGAGGUUACUUUGCUCCGGAAGCUUCUCUGCCAGGUGGACCAGGCGGACGACUGCUCUGAGGUCCCGGUGUUUCCCUCUCGUCGCAGCUGGAGACGUGUACUGCAGGGGGCAGCACUGAGCGUAGUUGUAGCCGGAGUUGCACUGCUGGUAGCCACAAACUCGAACAUGAGGGUUCAGCUGAACCAGUGGAGAGGCUGGUAA